CAUACAGACUUUGCUAUGUUUAACAAACCCCCCCGGCCCCCGGCCACUGAUCCACACCAAUUCUCUCAUUGUACGCUCAAAGCAACCUCCAUUGCGAAUCCAACGGUGGGGGGCUGUUUUAAUAUCGGGACGCCUUCAGGAACGUCUAUAUUCGUCUACAAAGAACGCUCUGCUCCACGAGCACUCAAGUGCUUCUACUGCAACAAUACUAAAAGACACGCAAGCACCUACGCCAGUGUCACGUCACAUCACUCGAUGUAGCAGCAACCUUCUGGUCUAGAGACCUGGCCGGCAACUUGCAGGUCUUCAGUGGAAAAGCCAC